GGUCGACCACUGGGGGCGCUGUGUCCUCACAGUUUUACACAGAAGAAGAAAAGCGAGAAGGCAUGGCGGCUGACAGUUUGUGAUGAGCCAACGAAAGCAGACACGGUUACUUCAAGUUGGACAUACAACGAUUAAACCAAAGCAGGGUGUAAAAAUACUGACGUCAAAAUGCAGAUAACUUUUAAGACCCUCCAGCAGCAGACGUUCAAAAUCGAAAUCGAUGAGGAGGAGACGGUGAAGACACUGAAGGAGAGGAUUGAAGAGGAGAAAGGAAAGGACAAUUUUUCAGUUGAUGGACUGAAGCUGAUAUAUGCUGGUAAAAUCCUCAGCGAUGACACGGCUCUCAAAGAAUACAAAAUCAGUGAGAAGAACUUUGUGGUCGUCAUGGUGACAAAGGCUAAAACGGCCUCAGCCACCCCACAGUCUUCACCCAGCACCUCCGCUCCCAGCACGACAGCCCCUGCUGCACCUCAUGCCUCAUCGUCUAGCAGAGAAAACGUGACAGAGAGUUCCCCUACAGACGACAAACCAGAGGAGAGGCGGUCAUCAGCGGCCGAAACAGCUUCCACUCCUGCCGGCUCUGAGGGUUCAAACGUAAACCUUAUCAAUGAGGCUGUUUCAACUCUAGUGACAGGCCCAUCAUAUGACGCCAUGGUGAACGAGAUGAUGCUCAUGGGAUACGAAAGGGAGCAGGUGGUAGCAGCUCUGAGAGCCAGCUUCAACAACCCCGACAGAGCUGUGGAGUACCUGCUUUCAGGUAUUCCAGGCAGAGAUCAGGGCUCUACAUCUGGACCUGAAGCAGUGGUACCUCCAGUGAGUGGAAUUUCUGCAGCAUCCACAGCUGGAAUUAGUGUCCCUGCAAACACUGGCUCUUCAAGUGCUGGAGGAGGUAACCCCUUGAGUUUCCUAAGAAAUCAGCCUCAGUUCCAAGUGAUGCGUCAGCUGAUCCAGCAGAAUGCCGCCCUGCUACCUGCCCUGCUGCAGGAGAUUGGCAGAGAAAAUCCUGAGCUUCUGCAGGAGAUAAGCAACCACCAAGAGCAGUUCAUCCAGAUGCUGAAUGAGCCCAAUCCAGAGGCUGUGCCAUCAGGCGGUGGAGGUGGAGGUGGAGCGGGAGGACCAGGGGGAGCUGGAGGAGUUGCAGGUGACACUCCUGGCGGGAGUCACAUGAGCUACAUUCAGGUCACACCUCAGGAGAAAGAGGCAAUUGAGCGGCUAAAAGCCUUAGGAUUUCCAGAGGGACUCGUAAUACAAGCCUACUUUGCAUGCGAGAAGAACGAGAACUUGGCCGCCAACUUCCUUUUACAACAGAACUUCGACGAUGAUUAAACGAGCCAUCUUCAUAUUGACUUUUUUUUUUGUCUUACUUCUUCCUCUACUUUUUGAUCGCUGGUAUUCAUUGUAUGUCCACAACAAGCCUUUUACAUUACCAAAAAAAGUUUUAUUCACCACUUUCACGUUCACCUUUCUUAAUAAAACUGGAUCAUUAUCAGCUGGUGUUAAAAAGACAGACUGUUGUACUCAGUUUGAAACAGGAACAAUUAAAGUACAAUAACUUUGCAUCAGAAAUCACCUUUGUGCUAUUGAUUUUUUAAAAUGUUUUAGUUAAUCCAAUAUGAUUUUUUUAAGAAGGAAAAUCAAUACAGUUAGCAAUGGAAGCAAUUCUCACAUGAGGUCCAGGGUGUCUGAAGGGUUAAGGGUGGCAUUUAUGCACUCUCAUUGUAAUGUGAUAUGAAGUUGAAAAGUCAUUGGAGAUUUGAAAAAAAAUUAAAGAUCUGUAAAGCAAA